ACAGUAUAUAAGUGGAGACGUAGAAGUGUAGAAGAGGGGUGGAGGAAGAUCGAGCAUGGAAGAGAGGGAGGACUUGAAGUCAAUAUUAGGCUACUUACCGGUGGUGGCACGGAGCUGGAGUCUUUUCUGGCCGUCACAGGUGGUGGAGACACUCAAGGACUUGGCCAGAGGUCCCGAUCACAGUCGGGUCAAUUCCGGAGAGGUUUUAUUCGUAGCCAUCUCCGACCUCAGGCGCUCUCUUUCUGUCUCUUCCUCUCUUCCUCUCUCUCCUUGUGCCGCAGACGGGUACGCCCUCUUCUUCGAUGAGAUCAUGUCCAGGGAGGAAUCUGCGAAAUGGUUUGGAGAGGUAGUUCCCGCUUUAGCAAAUUUGCUUUUGCGGUUGCCCUCUUUGUUACAGGUUCAUUAUCAAAAUGCUGAUGGGCUUAUUAAUGGACUCCAAACUGGUCUUCGUCUACUUGAUUCGCAACAACCUGGAUUAGUGUUCCUCAGCCAGGAACUAAUUAGUGCUCUUCUUGGAUGCUCUCUGUUAUGUUUGUUCCCAGUUACUGAUAGAAGUGUCAAACAUCUCCCAACUAUCAACUUUGAUCAUUUGUUUGACACUCUAUAUGACAGUUACAAUCAAAAGCAGGAGAAUAAGAUAUGGUGCAUCAUACAUUACUUUGAAAAGAUAACUUCACGCAUGCCUAUGGGUUUUGUCUCAUUUGAGCGGAAAGUACUUCCUCUGGAACAAACUCCCCUAAAAAUUUCAUACCCGAAGGCUGUGUUUUGGAGUAAUUCAGUCAUUCCACUCUGUCGUUUUGAGGUUCACAGGUCAGGCUUGAUAGAAGAUCAAUCGAGUGGAGCUCUGGAAGUUGAUUUCGCUAACAAGUAUAUAGGGGGCGGUGCCCUUCAUAGGGGUUGUGUACAGGAAGAGAUCCGGUUCAUGAUCAACCCUGAGUUAAUUGCUAGUAUGCUGUUCAUGCCUUCUAUGGCAGAUAAUGAGGCUAUAGAAAUUGUUGGUGCAGAGAGAUUUUCAAAUUAUACGGGCUAUGCUUCUUCAUUUCGUUUUUGUGGUGACUAUGUAGACGGAAGGGAUUCAGACUCUCUUGGAAGACGUAAAACCAGGAUUGUUGCAAUAGACGCAUUAUGCAGCCCAGGGAUGAAACAGUAUAAACAAGAGCUACUCCUCCGGGAGACCAAUAAGGCGUUCUGCGGCUUUCUUCAUCAUUCGGAAAAUGAGGAGUACAAGAGAUUAGUUCAAGAGAGUGAACGAUUGAACAGUGAUUCUGCUGAAAUUCAGUCUUCGGGUUAUGUGGAUGAUAUUGGGAUUGCCACUGGGAAUUGGGGAUGUGGUACUUUUGGAGGAGAUCAUGAAGUGAAGACCAUAGUUCAAUGGCUUGCUGCAUCUCAGGCACUAAGACCUUUUAUUUCAUACUACACUUCUGGCGUGAAGGCCUUGGAAAAUCUAGACCAGGUAAGCCAAUGGAUACAGCAGCACCAAUGGACAGUAGGAGAUCUCUGGGAUCUGUUGGUGGAGUACUCAUUGCAGAGACGGAAGGGAGAUACUAAUGAUGGAUUCUUUACAUGGCUUCUUCCAUCUCUACUUGCCUCUGAUCAUACUCGCAUGUUGCCUUGAUUCACUGACUGACUCUCCUUGUUGUAGCCUGUCUUCCUAUCAAUCCUAUGUGUUGUGUAUAUUGCAUUCAUUCCUCUUUAGUAUUACUAGGCUGUAAAGAUUAUUUUCAUACUGAAAUGAAUGGGGUAGUUUUUU